CAUCCUCAAUCUUCUGCAUCCCUUCGAAUCCUGAACACAUAAAUAUGAAUAUCAAUCUGUUUCCUCUGAAAAGGAAACCUGCUAUCUAAGACUAUUCCAGAUAUGUUCUGAAUACAGUGAACAUAGUUUUCAGAUUUAAAUAGAUAAACUAGAGCAUGUUAGUUAGGAUGGCUCCCUCUGAGUAACUUUUAGGGCUUGGGCAAACAGGAUAUAUCCACAUCCCUUUGAAGGGUAUAAAGGAGCCUUCAGUAUACAACUCGGACAUUUGCAUCCUGUGGUUUCUCAAAUACACAGUUACCAAAUAGUUGCAAUGACAGAUCCAAACACCUCUCACUUCCGGGAUGACUUUAGUGAAUUCUACUCUGAGGAAUUCAACUACAGUGACUUGCACAACCUCACUGACUUUAAUGUGGAUGAAAAAACUCUACUCUGUCAUCCCAUCAUUAUAGCUGAUGCACUCCACAUUUCAUUUUGUAUCUUCUAUGUGAUCGUCUUUCUGAUGGCCAUACCAGGGAAUUUGGUUGUCGGCUACGUCAUUGGUUCAAACAGACGGACGCUCUCUGCUUCGGAUGUCUACUUAUUCAACCUAAUGCUGGCGGACUCUCUACUGGCCCUAAUCUUGCCCUUUUCUGCAGUCUCCGUGCUGCAUGGUUGGGUGUUCGGUGAUGUAGCGUGUAAACUGGUUUCCCUAGUUAAAGAAGUGAACUUUUACACCAACAUCCUGUUCCUGGUGUGCAUCAGUGUGGAUCGCUAUAUGGUUAUCGUCCGAGCUAUGGAAGCUCAAAAGGCUCAACGGAGAUUUUGCAGCGGGGUUGUGUGUGGAGUUGUGUGGGUUUUGGGAUGUUUCUUAUCCUUACCAUCACUCUACAACAAGGCUUUUUAUUCCACGAUGGCCGAGCAGACUGUUUGUGCGGAACGUUUUGAAGCGGAUAAGGCCGAUGAGUGGCGACUUGCCACGCGUAUUUUAAGGCACCUUCUUGGCUUUGCGCUCCCUCUAGUAGUCAUGUUGACAUGCUACAGCGUGACAGUGGCACGGCUGUUGCGUACAAGGGGUUUCCAGAAGCAGAGAGCCAUGAAAGUGAUUGUAGCUGUGGUUGUGGCUUUCCUUCUAUGCUGGACACCUUUCCAUGUUGCAACAAUUGUUGACACCCUACUGAGGGUCAAAGCAGUUCAAUUCAACUGUUCCACACGGACAUCUGUGGAUGCUGCCAUGUUUGCUACUGAAAACCUGGGCCUCCUUCACUGCUGUGUGAACCCCGUGCUGUAUGCUUUCGUGGGAGAGAAAUUCCGAAGAAGGUUUCUGCAAUUGCUCUAUAGGAGAGGGGUUUUGGAACGUUCCUUGGUCUCCAGAUCUAACAGGUCUCCUUUGACCUCAGAAGCCACGUCCAGCUUUCUGUAAGCUACUGCACCACAGAACUCUGCUGAAAGACUAGCAUUCAUUUCCAUGUUGGUUUGGUGUUAGUCUAGCUGUGUUGGACUAGAAGUGCUCGUUGACCAAUGGAGGCUUGCAAACCAGCAUCAAAAACCCAUCAUAAGCUGGUUUUAACAGGGAAUGGACUUCAGUGAGAACUGUAACAAACAGAAAUAAAACCUGUUGUAACCGUCAUGCUGUGUCCCCCUCUGUUGGUCAGAAAUAGUUUUGUUCACAGGGCAGAGGGAGAAGUUGGCCUACACUUGCGUGUAAAUUGCUUGGCUGAAGUUCUAAAAGAAAUGCAUGAAUGAUACUGCAAAUAAUGCUGUUUGUUGAGUAGACACGUGCUUUAUUAUUUUUCUAAGCAAUUUGUCUUACACCUGGUGUACGAUAAAACAUACAAUUAAAUUUAAAGCACCUUAAGCACAAACCACUCUAAAGGUUUUUAUAGCUGCAUAUGUCAGGGCAACUGGUGGUCAGUACACAAUAUGUAAGCUCAAGUGACAACUGUAAGGGACAGUAGAACAGAAAGUGGUGAGGAGCACAUGAUAUCUGUUAAGAAUAAUUUACAGAGGUUUUAUAUCAUUUUCCAUUAAAGGAAAAUACUGGGUCCUAUACAAGUUAAGCAAUCAACGGCAUUUGUGGCAUGAUACUGAUUACCACAAAUAAUAAUAAUAUUCAACUCGUCCCUCGUUUAUUUAAAACUCGCGUUUACAGGGAGGCACUUACAAUGGAAGUGAAUGGGGCCAGUCCAUCUUGUAUUGUACCCAGAAUAAACCUUUAACUCAUACAAUGUUUUCAUCUUUUGGCUAUACUAAGUGCCUUACAGUAACCGCAAUUUUUUUUUAAUGUAUUUUUAUGAAGAAUGAGAAUUUUUAUUUAUUUAUUUGGUAAUCAGUAUUAUGCCACGAAUGCUGUUAACUGGGCUUCACUUGUAAUGAAUCCGGGAUAUUUCUUUAAUUCUACUUAAAGUAAAUAGAAGCACUUGUAAUUAAUAGCAUUUUUGACCUUUUACUGUAGGUAUUCUGGAGAGGUACAUUACUAAUGCAUUAGGCUCAGCCUUAUGACAGACAUAAUGAGAGCAAAACUUCUCCAUGCAGAACAUAUAAUGGAUUCAUGUAUUGUGUGAUUUUUAUGUAUUUUCUAAUUUCUAAAUUAAUAAAAAUGUUAU